AUGCCACGUUGGACCUUUGAAAUCACGCCGGAUACUUUGUCCAAGAUUGAAAAGGACACUCUGGCCAAAGCCAUCACCGAUAACUAUGUCAGAUUAGGCAUUCCUGCCUUCCUCAUCAACGUGUUCUUCCACGAAAAUCGCAUCGGAACAUUUUACAGCGGUGGCAAAACACCCCCUCAUACCGUCUUCUUCGUCCUCGACCAUGCAGCCCGCUCGUUCCCUAAUGAGCAGGCUCGAUUGGAUUUCAUUGAAAGCGUCAAUGGUAUCUUGGAGCCGAUACUGGGCCCCAAAGGCAUCAAAUGGGAAUACAACAUUUAUGAACAUCCCCCAGACAAUUGGCGUGUGAACGGCAUGAUCCCACCAGUCCAGCAGGGGGAGCUCUGGCAGCAAUGGAUUGAUAGAAAUGAGGCAGUCAGAUAUGGAGAAUACCUCGAGACGAAAAACUGA